CACCAUUGGCUUACACAAUUACCGAUCACCAAUUACCUUCCAAUCGCAAUAGAUUACACACACCAAGGUAGUAAGUUUCACUGAUCAAGAACAUCAUGACUGGCUCCGGCCUCUUCAAGCUUGCCUGCGCCGUGUUCGCGGUUGCACUUGUGGCCGCUCCCAUUGCCACCGAAGCCGCUGUCACGUGUGGUCAGGUGGCGAGUUCUCUCGCUCCAUGCAUCCCGUAUGCUAGGAGCGCUGGCGGGGCGGUUCCACCAGCCUGCUGCAGCGGGAUCAAGACCCUCGAUGGAAUGGCCAGGACCACACCCGACCGCCAGGCCACCUGCAAGUGCCUGAAAAGUGCUUCCACCAGCAUCUCCGGUAUCAAUUACGGCCUGGUCGCUAGUCUUCCGGCCAAGUGCGGGGUCAACAUCCCAUACAAGAUCAGCCCUUCCACUGACUGCGCUAGAGUCAAGUGAAGCCGGAUGCUGCAUGGGAGGGAAAAAAUUUAGCAGCAUAUCUAAGUUCGUACGAGAAUGUGGCCUUUGAAUAAAAUAGGGGUUAUGGCAAGAUGAUUCUGUUCGUUCAGAGUGCUCUUUCACUAGACUUGAAGAGCGCUGUUUUUGUUUUGCUUACCCAUGUGACCAUCGACCGAUUAUAAUUAUCAAUAUGACAUAAUGAUCUAUGCUUUAUGCUAUUUUUUCCUUA